CCUUUCUUUCUUGAAAGUCUCACAGUUGAGCAAGGAAGACAGAGAGUGAGCAUGGCAUAGUCAUGUAGGAGAAAUGCUUUGAGAAAUGUGUAUCUGUAGGGGUCCUUUGAGGACCAAAGCAAAAAGUCUUCCCAGAGAGGUGCUAACCAAGUGAGUGUUACAGAAAAGAGAUGGAUGGCAUCUCAGCAGCUCCCCUGCCAAGGUGAGCCUCCAUUUGGGCUUUUGUAGGGUUUCUGGGGCAGCUGUAGCAUGACAUAUGGCAGUCAGGCACUUGCAAAUCUGCAGUCAGAGUGUGUGCGGGGUUAGUCAUGGAGGGUGUACUUAGAUGAAAAUAUAUUUUGCAAAAUUCCAGCCAGAGAAUCUCCUUUAUUGGUUUACCUGCAAGCAAAAGGAAUCAAGACUGCUCUUUGGUCAUUGUCUUUGACCACUGAGUUCUACCUUCCACUCACCUUUUAAGGGUAAGUCGCAUAAUGUUAGGCAUCUGUCAAAAUUCUUUUCUGGACAUAAAUCCAUUUUCUGUUAAACAGUUUGGAACUACUGUGUACUUUCCUGUAUAUGGUUGCCUAAGAAUCAUGUUUAGCUAGUUAUUUUUCUCAUAUGCUACUCAGACCCAACACCAAUUGCCCUGAGUAAGGCAUAAGCCCACUGUUAGCUUUCUUGUGAAAUAGAGUUUUAUCUUGGUGUUAGCAUCUGAACUUCUGAUUGGAGGAGUAUGAAAGACACAUAUUCCUAAUAAAGGAUGUACUCACCUAAACCAAGCCAGUCCUGAUAAUGUCUGGAACCCUCUCCCUCAAGCACAACAGAGGCAGCUGUGGGGUAUCAGAAUUCUUUCUACUUUAUUUAACAAACACUCAUAUAACAUCUCUUUCCAUCUUCUAGAUGAUAUUCCAACUACAUUACACAGAGCAACUCAUUUAAUCCUCGCAACCACCCUAGAGGUGGACAUUACUAAAAUUUCCAUUUUACAGAUGGGGAAACGGAGGCACCGAGCAAUUAAGUAACUUGCUCAAAUCACAGAUGGGGUUUGAACCCACACAUUCAUACUUAUAAUCACUGUUCUAUGCUGCUUCUUUGUACUUGUAAAAUAUCCAAGAGAACCUCAGACACAGUUCAUUUACAAAACAUUUAUUGAGCAACUACCUGAUGGGUGAAUCAGAAACACAUUUGCCCCAGAAACUUUUAACCUACUGGGGAGGUGGGGCAGAUAGAACUUAAUGUUUACAAUGCAUUGUUAGUAGGAAUAGGAAAAUAAUUCACUUUCCUAAAAAAUGUAAAGGAAGGACUUGGGCCUGAAAGGCAGGCUGAGCUUUUCAUGAGCAGGAGCAUGUAAAGCAGCAGUUCUCAGAUUUGUGUCUAAAUGAAGGUCCUUUGGGAGGCGUCAGUGCACUUGGAGGUGUAAGAUGUUAAGAUAUGCUGUAGAGAGUGUAGGUAACAGGACUGAUAGCAGGGCAGCAGCUGAUGCUGGGUUAGAGGUCUUGUAUAUUAGGCCGAAGAGUAGAAUAUAAUGUUGGACACUGUGGGAAGCUAUGGAAGGCUGUUAAGUAAAAGAGAGAGGUGAUGAACCACCUUCUAGAAACAUGCUGCGUGGAUAACAAUUGCAAUCAUCCAAGAGAGGAUGAAAAUGAGGAGCAUAGGGCAUUUGGAAUGUAGGAGGGUUGAUAGUAAAAUACAUACAGAGUGUGGACCGUAGCAUGUGGGAGAAGAACAAGGAGACAGACAAGUGACAGCAUGAAAGAGAAAAGGAGGAAGAAGGAGAGAGAGGAGAGGGAUGGAGGAUGAAGAAGAAAGGAGAGGGAGGGAGAGUGGGGGAGAGAAAGAGAAUAAUGUCAGCCAGAAGUUAGAAAAGGAGAAUGGGUGACACAGGGAAGAAAACUGAAAGGAAAAUGAGAAGGACAGAAUGGAAAAGAGGAGAGAAAAUAUGCCAAUCCCUUUAAAAAAGUGUUACGGGGAAAUGUUACUGGCAAAAUAGCUAUGUGAUUCAGGCUUUUUGAAGUAUUUGCUCAGCCAGAUUUGUUUUGGUAGCUCACCAGUAGUUAUUUUCAUGGCUCUGCAGUAGCCCAUUGAGAUAGCUUCUAUCUGAAGGUAAUUUGUCGGGUUUAUGUAAGACUUCAUUUAGGGGGCAUUGCCUUGGCAUGCAGACAGCUUCCAGGCCUUACACACCAGCAGAAACAUGUUCUCUGAAGAAUGCAAUAUAGCAAAUUAAAUUCAUUAGCAGGUACCAUGGCAGCAAACAAGAGCACUUACAGAAUAUUGCUUUUAUUUAAAAAAAAAAAAAAAAAAGGCACCUGAAAUUCAUCCUCACAAUUAUCAAUCUUGAAACAUAAUGGCUUCAAAACUAAGGAAACUUCAAAUAUAUGGGGGGGAGGUGUCAUAAUACCUUAUUUCAAACUAAAUUAUUGUUUCCCUCUUUGUCAACCACAAGCAAUGUAAUUAGCAGAAUGAACUAUUUCUCGCUGCAAUUAUUAUCAUGCUAGAUAGGCUUGAGAUGGAGCUGGGAGGGGAGUAAAAGUUCUACUCAUAAGAGCGCCUGCCACUGUGGAUAAGGUAACAUGUCAGGUGUUAGCUAUCCAGGAGCCUCCUGAUGCUAGAGGAGUCUCGUUUCAUGAGGGAUUUAGGUUACCACAAGCUUUGCUCAUUAUCCUGCUGCAGUACCAGCUUCCAUAGUGGCCUGGAGACAUGGUGUGGAAACCCCAGCCUGACAGAGCCUGGAGUUGUGAACUGUUGUCCGGGAGGUGCAUUAUGUGGCAAAAUCCACGCAGUCCUAACACCAGCACAGCAUCGCUCAGCACGGUUAUCUAAAGUGCAUUUCAAGGACGUGUAAUUGGGAGAGCUCAGCCACACCGGUGCAGGACGUGGCUUGGAGUUCCCAACAGUUGAUUUGCGUAGAAAGUCUUCGUUCGAUCUGACUUGAAAGUUGAGUAGGAGAAGCUGAUGCUGUGGGUACAGAUGUCCUCGAGUCUUCAAAGCCGAGAGGACAGUAAGGAGAUGUCAGUGAAAAAAAGGAUCCAGAAUGAUUACUAACCUAUGACUCCCAACAGUAUGACAGAAAAUGGCCUUCCAGCCUGGGACAAACCGAAGCACUGUCCAGACGAAGAGCAAGACUGGAAGCUAGUAGGAAUGUCCGAAGCCUGCCUGCACAGGAAGAGCCACUCCGACAGGCGCAGCACACUGAAAAAUGAGCAGUCAUCACCGCACCUCAUCCCGGCCACUUGGACAAACUCCAUCUUCCAUCUGGACCACGAUGAUGUAAAUGACCAGAGCGUCUCAAGUGCCCAGACCUUCCAAACAGAAGAGAAGAAAUGUAAAGGGUACAUCCCCAGCUACUUGGACAAGGAUGAGCUCUGUGUAGUGUGUGGUGACAAAGCCACUGGGUACCACUAUCGCUGUAUCACGUGUGAAGGCUGCAAGGGUUUCUUCAGAAGAACCAUUCAGAAAAAUCUCCAUCCAUCCUAUUCCUGUAAAUAUGAAGGAAAAUGUGUCAUAGACAAAGUCACACGCAAUCAGUGCCAGGAAUGUCGCUUCAAGAAAUGCAUCUAUGUUGGCAUGGCAACAGAUUUGGUGCUGGAUGACAGCAAAAGGCUGGCCAAGAGGAAGCUGAUUGAGGAGAACCGGGAAAAAAGGCGGAGGGAAGAGCUGCAGAAAUCCAUAGGGCACAAGCCAGAGCCCACGGAUGAGGAAUGGGAGCUCAUCAAAACUGUCACUGAAGCUCAUGUGGCCACCAAUGCCCAGGGCAGCCACUGGAAGCAAAAACGGAAAUUCCUGCCAGAAGAUAUUGGACAAGCACCGAUAGUCAAUGCCCCGGAAGGCGGCAAGGUCGACUUGGAAGCCUUCAGCCAUUUUACAAAAAUCAUCACACCAGCAAUCACCAGAGUGGUGGAUUUUGCCAAAAAGUUGCCUAUGUUUUGUGAGCUGCCAUGUGAAGACCAGAUAAUCCUCCUCAAAGGCUGUUGCAUGGAGAUCAUGUCCCUUCGAGCUGCUGUGCGCUAUGACCCAGAAAGUGAGACUUUAACAUUGAAUGGGGAAAUGGCAGUGACACGGGGCCAACUGAAAAAUGGGGGUCUUGGGGUUGUGUCAGAUGCCAUCUUUGACCUGGGCAUGUCUCUGUCGUCUUUCAACCUGGAUGACACAGAAGUAGCCCUGCUUCAGGCUGUCCUGCUCAUGUCUUCAGAUCGCCCAGGGCUUGCCUGUGUUGAGAGAAUAGAGAAAUACCAAGAUAGUUUCCUGCUGGCUUUUGAACACUAUAUCAAUUACCGAAAACAUCACGUGACACACUUUUGGCCAAAACUCCUGAUGAAGGUGACAGAUCUGAGGAUGAUUGGAGCCUGCCAUGCCAGCCGCUUCCUGCACAUGAAGGUGGAAUGCCCCACAGAACUCUUCCCCCCUUUGUUCUUGGAAGUGUUCGAGGAUUAGACUGACUGGAUUCAUUCUCAUAAUUCCUACAGCACUACUGGGUGUCAUUUCAUUCCAUUGCCUAGCUCUUUUGUGUUUGUUUCUUUGUCUCUUUGUGUUGGGAGGGCUCGUUUGGGGGUAAAGGGAGGUAUCCUUUGCAGAAAUGGAUGAAAUUGCCCCUUUGCGGGUACUCAUAACUAUUGCAUUUUGUUCUCCAGUCCUUUGAUGUGAAUGCUUUGAAGGGUUUUAUAGUUGUGGAGGUGGGGUGAGGGACAAUCAUUACUUCACCAGCAUCAAGCCAUCACCAGCUCCCACCUGUCCCUGGUCAAGACUUGAGCAAGCCAGAUGGCACACAAAAGACUAAGGAAGCCUUAAAGCCAAGAUAAUACAGUCAUCUUGAUCAAUCUGAUUUGUUCAGGGCUCAAGUUAGCAGAGCACAGACCACCUUUGGCUAGAUGUAGUUUUCGGCUUUUGGGGAAAGAGUCAAACAAAUUUUCAUCUAGUCAUCUGUUUUUACCCCUCAUUCUCUCCUAGCAGGUUUACUUGGAAUGUGUAGGAAUAUUCAUGCCCUAACAAAUCAGCUAUCCAUUCAGUAUCAUUUUGUGACCUUCUGAUUUAAUUCUAGUUAUACAAGGGCAUGACUCAGAGAUGUGUAGGUAUCUGACUGAUUGAGGCUACAAGGAAAAUAAUUUUCUUGAGUCAGCCCAAAGAAAUUAGAUUCACCAAUGUUAGUGACUCUGCAGUUUCCAAAAAUUCAUAAAGUAUUACCUCGGGGUAAAAAGGCUUCUUUACAGUUUUGGCUCACAGAAAUAUUCCCACCAAAAUCAAACCUAUUUACAGGGUGUCAUCACUUUUCAAUGGCAUCUGAUCUGUCAUCUCCAAGCUCCUGAAGUUAUUUCUCCUGACUGCAUCUUUGCUGAGCUGACAACAGAUUUCCCUAUGGAUCAUAUCUUCUAAUCAAGGAGAGAGAAACAAGCUGAAAUUUGAGUCUUAUUGGGAGGAACUGUGAGGCAAGAUUAGUGUGAUUUUAUUCUGAGUUGAAACACAGCAUUUGUGUACUGAUUGCCUGAGGAUGCUUCCUUCUGGCCUUAGGUCCUCAAGCUCUUUGCUUUAUUUACACAUUUUUUUCUGGUUCCCCUUUCCCUCUGACUCUGAGACACUACAUAGCUCGACUCUCUCUAAACACCACCAAUCCCACUGCUGAUUUUCCUGUCCCUUCUCCAGAUCUACCCUGACAGACACUCAGCAGAAAACUCCUGCACAUUAGGGAAAACUCCUUCCUCCACGUUAGGAAACACUUUCUUGCCUUCGCUGCCCAACCUGCCAUCCUACCACCCUACCAACCAAGAUGGAGUAACUGUCCCGGAAAACCAGUGAUGACACCUCAGCACUUCAGUAUCAGAAAAUGGGCAAGGAAUGUGCCCAUGCAAUUGAAUGUACCUCAUUCCUCACUGGCAUAGUAGAUAUAAACUAUUCUUCUGCCUGCCUUUUACUGCCUUAUUCUUGAAAUACUGGGGAAAAUAAGCCAUAUCACUGAGAUUACCUAAAAACAAAAGAAUGAAAGUCACUGUGAAAACCAAGUUGACUAAUUUCAUUUUAGGUUUGUGGAGCAUAAUUGGCCUAGAAGUCAGGGCACCUCAGUUCCAGUGUGUACUCUGUUGGCUGGUAGAUUCAGGAGCUUGGGUCUUGGUUUUUUUAUCUGAUGAGCAAAUCAAGAUCUCCAAAAUCCUUCUCACCCUCAACAUCGUGUGAAUUGGGGGGAAGGGUGGGUUCUUGGGUUGGUUUCUUUCCUAUACAAAUUCCUAGCUUUAUUACAAAAAAAUAUAGCCCAUGAGCAGUUAAGGAAUGUAUACUUGAUACUGAUUCAAAAUAAGAAUUCUAUACAAUACUAGUAAACUAUUUAGAGAAAGCAGUGUGCCCUUGGGAAAAGGAAGGGAAUAGCACUGAAAAUACCAAAAAUUAUUGACAAUAAUUGAGGUGGGGGGUGAUGUUCUAAAGCAAUUUUACUGGCUUCUAGGGAAAGGAAACAAUAUUGCUAUGGAACAUGUUAAUGAGAGGAAGUGGGCAAAGAGUACAAAAGUAUAACCAUGAAAUUUCCUAAGCAUCUCACCUGCAUGGCACUGUCUACAGACAGCUGUUCUGGAUUUUGUCCUUUCCACACAGCGUCCAGCCAGUCCCCUUCCUUGCUGUUAGUACCUUAGCCUCUCUGCUAACUCACCUCAGUGAGCACUCCCUGAAAGAGGAACACUUAGCCAUCUCUAGCUCAAGGGGAUUUGAGGAGUUUGCCAUGUGGGGCAAGUUUUCUUCCUAAAGGAAUGAGAGGAAGGCAAGCAGGUUAGGUGCUGGACAGGCCCACAGUUGCUGGGGUGUCCGGCUCUCCAGGCAAAGUGUCCUCAAUUUGUGUGAUGGAUUCCCCAGGACAAGAGUCACCCAGACUCCAGUGUCAGUGCAGAGCCUGCCCUCAAGCUCAGAAUGCUUUGGGGGAUUGACCACAACUGGGCAUUGGCCACAUGGUAACCAAUCUAUGGCCAUCAGGCCCUCCCCAGGCAAAAGAAUGUUUGGUCCUCAGCUCCUUAAAUGAUUGCCUUACACAGGCAAAGCACUGCUGCAGAAGUCUGUUGAAGGCUGAACACCUUACGCUGAUAGAACUCAGCUUCUGAUUCAAAAGAAAAGCUUUAAGGACUCAGAGGUUCGUGCCCCUGAUGAUAACAGCAACUAACCUCAUUCUGUAUGAAACUGACGGGGUGCUUAGUUAUCUCAAGACUCCAUCUCAUAGAGCUUGAUUGUGAGGGAUUUGCUCCUGAUUUUCUUUUUACAUUGUCCAGACAUCUAAAUCGAGUGUGGACCUGAUAGAAACAGUUUUCACACCUGCCCUACCCAUGGGAAGACACUGCAGUGGAGGAGAACACACCCACACUGCUGGGUUCUUAUUUAUAACUCUCUCCCCCUUAGGGACUGGAAGGGGUGGACACACACCAUGCACUCUUACAUACCUAUCUGUGUGUACUUUGCUCUUCGGCUUAGACGUGCAGUUCUUCCAGAAACAGUGAAAACAGUAAGAGAUUUCUCUCUUUGAGUCUGCCCAAAACACCACGUACUGCCUCUGAUCCUCUUCCAGUCCAGUGAGCCUCAGUCCUCAGUGACACUUGACGUGUUAAUGCUCAGCCCAGCGACGCCCUCACUUGUGCCCGGAUGGACACCACCUGAGCCUGCAGUGCAAGCAUCGGGAGGAAUGCCAGACCAGCUCUGCUCCAGCCACACCGUUCUCCAUCCUCGUUGCUCCUUGCAGACAGGUGUACAAGCCUUGGUCCCCCAACACUAAGUCCUCCCACCCCGACUCAGCCUCUUUGGAACUGCUGAGCACCCUCAGAGCAUGUCCUUGUCAGUGAUACAUUUUUACUCUACGGAACUCUGACCCAUCCGUGUCAUAUUGACCUUUUGCUGCAUGAGUCCUAAAUUAUGAAGUCGGUCAUGGUUUUUGAGAUGUAGCCAGCGUUUGUAAGGCUAAACCUUUUUCAUGAACUUUUUAAGUGACUAACCAAGCCACAGUCCUCCUCAAAAGGAGAGUAACGACAGACAUUUAAAUCCCUGUGCCCUCUCCAAUGGCCAUGGCAUCAGGUUCUAAAAUAAGCUCGUAAUUUUUCCUGUUAUUUUAAUAAUAUGGAAAUAUUAGCAUAGUGUUUCUUUUGAUAGUGAUAGACUGUAAUCCAUAUUUAAAUUUUAUAGAGAAAUUUUAUUGUACUGUGAUGUAGAUAUUUAUUAUCCAGGUAAGGAUUUGCCCAGUGUGUAUUUUUUACAGUUGAAACAUUUUACUUUAAUCUUUAAAAAAAAAAAUGCAUUAAAACACACACACACAAAAAAAACAGACUAGGGAGAAAAAAAGGUUUGGCCUUAUCACAGAAUUUUUACUGUGCUGUAUAAAUGUUUGCAAAUGCAAAAAGUGUGCAUUUCUAGUGUGUUUCACAUUACUUAAUGCUGCCUUCAAGAGCAAUAUCAUGCAGUUAGUAAAACGCUGUUUGUGGCUUUCUGUUGCACAGUUAAAGCUGACCCACCUUAUGCACAAGACAAUCAAAUAUCAGUCUGUCCUCAGGAUGCAGAUAAUCCUCGUGUAAAUUAUGGAGCACAAUGUGAGACAGAAGAAAUUUUACACAUGCAUUGAUAUGGAUGAUCAGGGCCUGAAUUAGCUGACAUGACUUCGUACCAUUUCUUUCAGUUCUUCCUUAUGGACUUGGCAUCUUUAAUUUGCUGAGAGCCAAAUUAGUUCUCCAUGCUUUCCACAGAGAAAACACUUCUCUUUCUUUUUAUACUAUUUUCAUGCCCUGAAUAUCAGAAAAAUGCUACAGGAUAGAAGAUUUACAGUCAUUGGAAGAUUUAUGUUUUGCAAACAGUGUUAAGUGAUAUUGCUAGAUUGGUAAUAUUUUUUUUCAGCCUAAAACUCUGUUGAAAUCUGUGAUCAAAAUGUUUUAAACUAUCCAAAAAGAAAAUUUGUAUAUUUGGGAAAAAUGAAUUUUUACAUAGCUUUUGUAUGCAGAUAUCAAAUUGUAAUUAUGAAUAUAGUGGGCAUAGAUAACUCAUAAGCUUAAAUUCUAAAAAAGAGGAAAAAAAGAAAAAGCUUAUAAAGGAUA